AUGAUUAUAUCAGGAGAAAGUGGAUCAGGAAAAACAGAAUCAACAAAAAUACUUUUAAAAUAUUUGGCAACAGAAUCUAAAAGUGGUUUAUUUAAAACUAUUUAACAUGGAUAAAUUAUUGAAUAAAAAAUAUUUGCUUCUAAUCCUUUUCUUGAAGCAUUUGGUAAUGCUAAGACUGCAAGAAAUGAUAAUUCUAGUAGAUUUGAAAAAUUUAUUCAUUUAUAUUUUAAUCCAGAUACUAAAAGAGUAAGUACAGCUAAAAUAGAUAAUUAUUUAUAAGAAAAAUUAGAGUUGUUAAGAUAAAUAAAUAGCAUCAUAAAUACCAGAAUUAAGUAUACAUUAAUUUUAUUAUAAAAGUGCUUAGUCUCCUUAAUAAUAUGAAUAUUUAAAUGGAGGAGAUCUAUUUUCUUUAAGAAAAGAANAAAAGUUGAAAACCAUUUUCUGCUUGCAAUGGUCUAGCUAUUAACAACAAAAAAAGGAUGAUUAUUUCGUUUUUCAUUUAUUUUAAUAAUCACUCAAUAAUUAAUAUGAGUUAUGAUGAUGAAAUUUGGAUUUAAGAUGAAAAAGAAGUUUGUAAAAUUGAAAGUUUAAAUGAAGAUAAAUCUGCAAGUAAAUUAAGAGUAGAUCCUUUAGCAAAAGAAGAAAUAUAAGAUCUUCUAGUAUCAUUAUAUAAAUUAAGAAUCUUAGUUAUUAUCAGAUCUAAAUGAAUUCAAUUGUCUUCAUAAUAUACGCAUUAGAUUAUUGAGGAAAUAAAUUUGCACUCAAAUUGGAUCUCCAAUAUUAAUAUCAAUAAAUCCUUAUGUUUUUCUACCAAAUAUUUAUAAUUAAGAAACUCUUGCUAAUUAUAGAAUUAAGUUAGGAUAAUAUUAAAAAACAUGAAAAACAAGGAUUAAAGAAAAUGAAUUUGAACCUCAUUUAUUUAAAAUUGCAUAAUUAUCUUUGGACUAAUUAUUUGAAACUCCUACAAAAGAAUUAAGAAUAUGUUCUAUGAUUAUAUCAGGAGAAAGUGGAUCAGGAAAAACAGAAUCAACAAAAAUACUUUUAAAAUAUUUGGCAACAGAAUCUAAAAGUGGUUUAUUUAAAACUAUUUAACAUGGAUAAAUUAUUGAAUAAAAAAUAUUUGCUUCUAAUCCUUUUCUUGAAGCAUUUGGUAAUGCUAAGACUGCAAGAAAUGAUAAUUCUAGUAGAUUUGAAAAAUUUAUUCAUUUAUAUUUUAAUCCAGAUACUAAAAGAGUAAGUACAGCUAAAAUAGAUAAUUAUUUAUAAGAAAAAUUAGAGUUGUUAAGAUAAAUAAAUAGCAUCAUAAAUACCAGAAUUAAGUAUACAUUAAUUUUAUUAUAAAAGUGCUUAGUCUCCUUAAUAAUAUGAAUAUUUAAAUGGAGGAGAUCUAUUUUCUUUAAGAAAAGAAAAAUCUGAAUUUGAGGAAAAAUGUUUAGAUAGUUUAAAUUUUAGUCCUAAUCAAAAGAGAUAUAUUUAUCAAAAUAUAGCUGGAUUGUUAAUCUAGGGAAUGCUAAAGUUGAAUAUGAUUCUAUAAAAUCUACAUUGAGACUAAAUGAUUCACUUAGAUUGGCAUCUUAUUUACUAGGAAUUCAGAUCCAAAAACUAGAAGAUCUAAUAUGUAAAGUGAUUACUUCUGUUGGAAAAGAGAUUGUGACUAUAAAUAAUAAUCUUGAAAAUGCAUAAGGUGCUAGAGAUACAUUAGCAAAACAUGUAUAUGAAAAUCUUUUUAAUAGGUUAAUAGAUAAAAUUAAUUAGCAAUUAUUAAAUAUUAAAUCUUUAAGUUUUGA